UUUGCCGCCAUGGAGUGAUUAACCUUUGACAGUCGUUCCUUGUUUUUAGAUCUUGUUUUUGGUCAUCUAUCUUUUUGUCCUUUCACUCAAGAGUCCUUCAGCAGCAAUGCACGUGUAACAUGGACCAUUGGCUGGCAAUCCAACUCUGUUUCAGCAUCACAAUCCGGGAUCAAGCAUAACAUGCCAGCCCGAAGCAGACACUUCAAGCGGCGGCAACCGUUCGAACAUGACAACAGCUUGAUCUUGGAACGCGCGGAGGGGCCAGUUGGCUUUUUCAACCCAACGCGGGCGCAUUUCCUAUAUCCAACCGUUUCGCGGGUGAAAUCACACAUUAAAAACGACGUCCAGGACACGGACGACUCGGUGCGUGAUCGCAUAAAGGACGAGAAAAAGGAACACGAAUCUCCUGAACCUGCGAAGAAUGUCCGGUUCCUUUGGCGGUCGCGCGACAAUCGAAAAGGACGGCAUGCUCUUCUAGUCCAGAGACCGGCACCUGGCGAAGAGUCGAGCUUCCUUACCCCUCGCAGCACCUCUGACCCACGGGAGAUUCUCAGGAACGUCAAGCGGACCUUGACAUAUUUUCCCUUUUGGGAUGUUUCAUGGCUCGUGGCUUUUAUCUUCACAUGGGGAAGCGUGGUAUGGGUUAUCAAUGGCUUCUUCGCAUGGCUGCCGCUCGAGGCGCCUUCUACGGAGUUCCACAACGAAAUCCUCUACGGGGGUGGUAUAACGGCUUUCAUUGGCGCCAUCAUCUUCUUUGAGACAGGCUCGAUUCUCCUCAUUAUUGAGGCAGUCAAUGUCGAUCACGCCGGUUGUUUCGGCUGGGCAGUCGAGCAGCUGAUGGACGAACAAGGCGGUGGCGGCGGCAAAGCCAAGUAUCGUCUGAAGCCGAGCAAAAGCCACUGUCGCCACCACCACCAGAACCGACAUAACUUUGUAGGUAAGAGCGCAGCUGCUAUUGAACAACAUACCGGGCUGGCCCAGGAAAAGUCGGAGCAGGAACAGAAACAGGAUCGACAAUGGCAGUGGUUCCCGUCGUGGCACGACCUUCGCACGCACUAUUUGCACGAACUUGGUUUCCUGGCCGGUGCGGCACAACUGUUUGGGGCUACUGUGUUUGGAGUUUCCGGAUUCACUGCGCUUCCUGGUAUCAAUGACCGUCUGAGCCCGCAGAGCGCGCUGAACGGGGCAUACUGGAUCCCCCAGGUCAUUGGCGGCAGCGGUUUCAUCGUGAGCAGUACACUGUAUAUGCUCGAAACACAGUCAAAAUGGUAUAAACCGGCCUUGAAGAUCUUGGGCUGGCAUAUUGCAUUCUGGAAUUUGAUCGGCGCCAUUGGAUUCACUCUUUGCGGUGCAUUGGGAAUGGCGUACGGAAACUCGGGAGCUCAGUAUCAGGCGUCUUUGGCUACUUUUUGGGGAUCGUGGGCUUUCUUGAUUGGGAGUUAUCUGCAGUUGUACGAAAGUCUGGACAAACAUCCGGUCGAAGAGACAUCGAAAAAGGAGGAUACGCCGAAGCAAUAACUUGUAUCACUAGAACAAUCCUGGGAGUUGGAACUGCAGGAUUCUAAUCGAAACCGUCCGUGAUAUUUGUGUCAUCUUGUUUUAGUUGCUGUACAUGUAGAAUCUGUUUUCAAUCCCUCUGAUGAGAUAUGAAUAUACGCAAGGUUUGUUUUAUCGAGAGACAUAUUAAGCGGAGAGCCAGAUAGGGUUUACUCGAAGGAAAAGAUGCCAAAGACCGUGCUCCGAGCCUCGGAAAGCGAUGAUUGUAUGAAAUAGCUCAGCCUUGCGGUCAGUCAAAAACAAG